AUUCCCCAAAUCCAUAAAGCUCCGGGUGAACCGCUCCAGCCGCCACUCAGCUCCAGCACAGCCAGGACCCGCUCCCGGUCCGAGCAGGCGGAGGGUCCGCACCGAGAUCAGAAACUCGCUCCGAGUUGGCUUUGGCGAACCGGGGAUCGAACUGUGCGCUCAGCCAUUCCCAGUAAGGAGCUACAGAGUAACCGCAGGAACACCGGGCUCCCAGCACAACCAGCAGAAUGAAUAAUCGGAAUCAGAUCCAGAAUGCUUUACAAAAUUCACAACUGCUCACAAGAAUAACAGCUUUGGCAUGGCAGCGGAUAAAACAUGAGUUUUAGCUGUUCUCUGAUCUUCCCUCCAGUCAAAGAAAAUGCUGAAGAUGUCUUCAAAGCUCCAAACAGUUGCCCUGAUUCUAAUUUCCAAAGGAUUUCUGUUAUUUUCUUAUGGAGAGAGUAAUUUUGGCAAGAAGGAAAUCAAAAUCGAAGGAGAUUUGGUCCUGGGUGGACUGUUUCCUGUACACGAGAAAGGCUCAGGAGCAGAAGAUUGUGGCAGAGUGAAUGAAGAUCGAGGUAUCCAGCGUUUGGAAGCCAUGCUGUUUGCAAUAGAUGAGAUCAAUCGAGACACUUACUUACUUCCUGGUGUGAAACUUGGAGUUCAUAUAUUGGACACAUGCUCAAGAGACACAUAUGCUUUAGAACAAUCACUUGAAUUUGUAAGAGCUUCUUUGACAAAAGUAGAUGAAACAGAAUAUAUCUGCCCUGAUGGAUCAUAUGCAAUUCAAGACAACAAUCCCUUAGUGAUUGCAGGUGUGGUAGGUGGCUCAUACAGUAGUGUUUCUAUACAGGUAGCAAAUUUGCUUCGACUUUUCCAGAUCCCCCAGAUCAGCUAUGCUUCAACAAGUGCAAAGCUCAGCGAUAAAAGCCGCUACGAUUACUUUGCGAGAACAGUCCCUCCUGACUUUUAUCAGGCCAAGGCUAUGGUAGAAAUUUUGCAGUUCUUUAAUUGGACUUACGUGUCAACCAUCGCUUCCGAGGGCGAUUACGGAGAGACUGGAAUUGAAGCCUUUGAGCAUGAGGCACGUCUUCGAAACAUUUGCAUCGCUACUUCGGAGAAAGUUGGCCGCUCCACCACAAAGAAGUCCUACGAUGGUGUGAUCCAGGAGCUGCUGAACAAAGCCAACGCGAGGAUCGUGGUACUUUUCACACGAGGCGACGAUGCCCGGGAGCUUCUGGCUGCGGCUAAUCGAAUGAACGUUUCUGGCUUCACCUGGGUGGCCAGUGAUGGAUGGGGAGCUCAAGAAAUCGUGGUGAAGGGGAACGAGCUGGUUGCCAACGGUGCGAUAACCUUAGAGCUUGCUUCUUAUCCCAUCAAGCAGUUUGACAGGUACUUUCAAAGCCUCCACCCUCGCACCAACAAGCGGAACCCGUGGUUUAAAGCCUUUUGGCAGCAGAAAUUUCAGUGUCUGCUCCAGAACAGUCGGUCACAUCAAAAGGUGUGCGACAGGCGGCUCUCCAUCAACAACUCUAACUACGAGCAAGAGACAAAGAUAAUGUUUGUUGUCAAUGCGGUGUACUCAAUGGCACAUGCUUUACACAAGAUGCAGCGCGUAAUGUGUCCAAAUACCACCAGACUCUGUGAUGCCAUUAUGCCACUGGAUGGGAAGAAAUUAUACAAAGAAUACUUAAUCAAAAUUAAUUUCAGCGGUAAGAACUUUAUCUGUGUCACUGUUCAGACGACGACCAUGUGCAUCUCCGUCAGUCUGAGCGGCUUUGUGGUGUUAGGCUGUCUCUUUGCACCAAAGGUGCACAUUAUUGUGUUUCAACCACAGAAGAAUGUAACCAGCCACAGACUGACCAUGAACAGGUUCAGUGUCAGCGGAACUGUCACUAGUCACUCACAUUCAUCUGCCAGUGCCCAUUAUGUUCCUACUGUUUGCAAUGGAAGAGAAAUUCUAGACUCAACUACGUCAUCUUUGUGAGAUUGUUUCCUAAUACAGCUGUCAAACUGUUGUACUGUUAAAUCUGCGCACACUGUGCUAUGGUGAACCAGUAACCUGUUUUUGUAGAAACAGCGUAAUAAAUUAUUUUUAAGGGCUGUAAAUAACUAAUAGUACUCUUGGAUUUUUUUGGUUAAUAGUAUUUUAUCCUGUAAAUAACUAUUAUUUACAUACAUUGUUAUAAACUGUUUACUUAGGGCAAGUACUGUAUGAAAUAUGACAAACUGACUAUUAUAAAGUUUUGAGGUUUUAUUACCACUUGAUGUAUUUGCAAUAGAAUGCUUAGUAAUUUUUAUGUUGUAUAUAUAAAUAGUUACAUUAUGUAACUUAUGGUUCUAACAGCACAAAACAAGACUUCAUUGUAAAAUAAACUGAAUAAAAACCUGACUACUGAUAGGACUGAUUUAGUACUCAGUAUUUUUAAUUUAUGUAGCAUCUUUCUCUCAAUGGAGUUGUCCGAGAUUUUUAUAAGACUCAGUAGAAAUCAUUGCAAAACUAUACCUUGUUCUCCUGCCUAACCACUUCUCUGUAAACAAAAAGGUGUUAAAUAACUUAUUACAAUGAUUUUUCCCCAACAUGUCGUGCAUCCACCCUCCCCCUCCCCCACCUCGGUCAUAUACAAUAAACAGCUAUUUUGUUUGACAAAUCUCAGUUGUUUCCUU